UCUGAGUGUUGCUUUGAAGACAGAAGCUCUUCAGCCUUUUGAAGCGCCGGCGCUCUUUAUUUAAAUUAUCAGACGUUAUUGUAACAAUGUAUACAUUUAGUUAACGUAACGCAGUAUGGUUUAUUAAGUGUCGAUAUUUUUAUGUGCAUUUGACUGUGCCGUGGCUUGGAGUACUGUCUGAAGUGGAGUCAUGGUGGAGUUCUGGUUGAUAUCCGCUCCUGGUGAGAAGACGUGUCAGCAGACAUGGGAAAGGCUGAAUGUAGCCACCAGUCACGCCAACCAUCUGUCCACCAACAACAAGUUCGGUAUUCCAGACCUCAAGGUGGGAACCCUGGAUGUGCUUGUGGGUCUGUCAGAUGAUCUCGCCAAACUGGACUCGUUCGUGGAAAGUGCGGUGAAGAAAGUAGCCCAGUACAUGGCUGAUGUGUUAGAGGGCAGCAAAGAUAAAGUCUUGGAAAAUCUUUUAGCCAACGGAGUUGAUCUGGUAACGUACCUCACAAGGUUCCAGUGGGAUAUGGCCAAGUAUCCAAUCAAACAGUCCCUGAAGAAUAUCUCGGAAAUCAUCUCCAAGCAAGUAACUCAAAUCGAUAAUGAUCUGAAAGCCAGAGCUUCAGCUUACAACAAUAUAAAAGGCAACCUACAAAACCUGGAGAGAAAGAAUGCAGGGAGUCUUCUGACUAGGAGUUUGGCUGACCUUGUGAAGAAAGAGGAUUUCGUGCUGGACUCAGAAUAUCUCACUACUCUGCUUGUAGUCGUUCCAAAGACCGGUUAUGCCGACUGGGAGAAAUCGUAUGAAACCCUGUCUGAAAUGGUGGUUCCACGAUCUUCGAAACUGCUUUUUGAAGACCAGGACAGCGGGCUCUUCAGCGUCACCCUCUUUCAAAAAGCAAUAGAUGACUUCAGACACAAGGCCAGGGAAAAUAAGUUCAUUGUGCGUGACUUCCAGUACAACGAAGACGAGCUGAAGGCCGACAAAGAGGAGAUGACUCGGCUCUCUACAGACAAGAAGAAACAGUUUGGCCCACUGGUGCGCUGGCUGAAGGUGAAUUUUAGUGAAGCAUUCAUCGCCUGGAUCCACAUCAAGGCUCUCCGGGUUUUCACCGAAUCGGUUUUGAGAUAUGGAUUGCCCGUCAACUUCCAGACCAUGCUACUGCAGCCCAAUAAGAAAAACAUGAAAAAGCUGCGUGAGGUCCUCCAUGAGCUUUAUAAACAUCUGGACAGCAGUGCAGCAAUUAUUGAUGCCUCCAUGGACAUCCCGGGUCUGAACCUGAGCCAGCAGGAGUAUUACCCCUAUGUUUAUUACAAGAUUGACUGCAAUCUUCUUGAUUUUAAAUAAAUCCCACACUAUCAUUGUUUAAGUCACAAAACUGGGAAUUUCAUGCUCAAUGGAAUGAUUAGAAGUUUUUGAGCUGAGUGUGAUUUUGGUACACAUUUCUACACUGGAAUCAAAUUUCAGCAUUAAAAUAAAGUAUAAUUUGUCUAUACAGAAUUUCAAAGUUCUAUAUAAAGGUGCUGUUUUGGUCAGGCUAUGACCAUUUGUGAUUCCUGCUUUAUUUACACACAAAUACAUGUUUAUAAAUGAGUAUUUGUAGCUGUGUUUUAGCUUGUUGUUGAGUUUUUUUUCUGAAUAAAAAAAAAUUGAUUAUGAAAAUGG